UGAACCCGAUGACGCCUCGCGGUACGGCCCCGUGCAAUCGAAGCCAAUAAUUCCGACCUAUGCUGAAGAUCGGAGCAUCGCCGGGAAAACCAUGGAGAUGUCCUCGCGCCGGCAGCUUGAGCAGGCGCCAAUCUGCGACCGCAUCGACAAGCCGCUGUUGCCGAUAAAGAAGAGGGCGACGAGCGAUUCUAGUAGCAGCGGCCACAGCAGCGCCGACGAUUCGUUCGUGAUUCCGCCGAAGAAGAGACGGGUGGAGAGCUGGAGCGAUGGCGGCAGCGCAGCCAACGAGUACGACACGGUGACGGUAUGUGCUAUGGCCGCUUCGCUCCCAGCAGCUGCAGCAGAAGAAACUCACGCACGACGCGAUACUGAGCGGAGGCAUGCUGUCCGACCGGCGAGGCAUGGCCUGGCGGGCAUGGAGCGAGCAGAGACGUCCGCGGCCGGGGCGGCGCGAGCGAAGAAGAAGACGACGAACAAGAACAGAGACAAGGUGGCACCGAGGGUUGGCGUCACGUUCGUCCCCUCCAGGCCGCUGAGCCUCAGCGAGGAGCUGAGCCGCCGCCUGGCGGAGCUCGGCGUGGUGGACACGGCCCCGCGGUUCGUGUGCAUGAAGACCCUCGGCAAGAGCGACGUGGACGCGUACCAGAACCGGCUGCUCUUCUCGUGCAAGCGCAAAUCCAUCGAGGGACACCCCAUCACCGCCAUCGUCGCCCGGAGCCCCAGGGACAGGUACUUGGUCCACGAGCACGAGCCCGGGCUGCGCGUCAGCGCCAUCGACGGCCGUGGCAUGGAGUUCGAGGUCAAGCUCAGGUACCUCUACUCCAACUUCGCCUACCGCUUCAUCGGUGAGUGGGGCCGCUUCGUGGCGGAGCACAACCUGCUUGACGCAUUCAAGAAAGGCCGCCGUGUCGAGGUGGAGCUCUGGGCGUUCCGGUCGCCGCGGCUGGUCGGGCAGCCCGUCCUUGAAGACGAGGAGAAGCGGAAGCUAGUCGAGGGACUCAAGGAUCAUCCCAAGGGCGCCCUCGGGCUAAUCUUCCUACCUUACGUGGACGGCCGUCGCGCCGACGAACUCGCCCUACCUUACGUGGACGACGGCCAUGGCGCCGCUGAGGAACUCGCCGUACCUUACGUGGACGACGCCCAUGGCACCGACGAGGAAGAGCGUGCACCGCCGGUACAUGAGACGAAGAGACACGCACCGACCAAGCUGGUACAUAGGACGAAGAGGCAGAUACCAACCAAGGUGGUACAUGGAACGAACAAGCUUGAAGAUCAUGUGAGCGCGAAUAGGGGUCAGGGUCAGGCUGUGGGGCGUAUGAUUACGAUCGAGGAGAUGAUUAGGAUUGAUGGGCCGAAAAGAGCGGGUGCAUGCGUGGGGCUGCUGAAGCUAGCAAACUAUUUUCGUCAACAAAACAGGCACAGCUCUCAAAAUGCCGCUAUAAAGCUGCGCAGCUAA